AUGCAUUCGCCGUCGCGUUCGGAAAACGGUGAUAGUGACGGAUCUGCGUCGUUUUAUGGAUUCGAAGAAGGAAUUACUAUGAAUCCCGCAACGAGAAUAAAUAUCGUGUUGUGUGCCGUCAGCGCUCACAAUGGAUUCCACAGUAAGGUACUUUCCUUUGUAUCGGACGAUGCUUUGGAUCAGCAAGAAGAGGAAUAUGCUGGGUUCGAGAGCAUAUAUAAUGACGUGUGCAAUGCCGUAGAGGAGUUACUUUUGGCAGCAAAGAAUACAGCGGUGCCAGAAUCUCCAAUAAACCAACCAGCUCAACCAGUUAUUAUUCAACAGCAACCAUUAAAGAUGCCAAUUCCAACAUUUGACGGAAGUUAUGCUGCAUGGCCGAAGUUUAAGGCUAUUUUUAAUGAUCUGAUGGCAAACUCCGGGGAUACAGAUGCAAUUAAGCUAUAUCAUCUUGAUAAAGCGCUUGUUGGAAAUGCCGCCGGAGCUCUGGAUGCUAAAAUUCUGAGUGAAGGUAAUUACAAACAAGCCUGGGAUGUACUCAUGGAUCGCUAUGACAACAAGCGUGCGAUUAUCGAGUCUCAUUACCGCGGAUUGUUAUCCUUGAAGACAAUGUCAUCACCAUCGUAUAAAGAACUACGUGCCCUCGUGAAUGAAGCGACCAAUCGAAAGCCUUCGUUAUCUCGAUCAAGAAAUCAACGGUACUGCAGAGCAUUUUUUGUAUUCCUUAUCGUUUCGGCAUUAGAUAGUACCACACGUCAAUCUUGGGAAUCUACAAUGAAAAAGGGAGAACUCCCGAAGUACAAGCAAACCAUAGAGCAGCUGCUGCUCCAAUCAAAUCGAAGCAAGUUCCUUUCCAAUCAAAGAUUCAGCCACAGAAAAGCUAUGUCGACUAGUUCAUCACAAUCCACGCUUGUUUGUGACAUUUGCGGCGGUUCACAUCGAAAUGUCCAGUGCUCAGCCCUAUCCAACCUUACACUUGCCCAGAAGAACGAGAAGAUUCGAGCUGCUGGAGUAUGUUAUAACUGUCUACGCAAAGGACAUAGAGCCAAGGAUUGUCCUUCCGAUAAAGCGUGUCACAAAUGCCAACGCCGUCAUCACACAUUACUUCACCACGAUGGAGUCAUCAACAAAGAAUCCAGAUCCAAUGUUUCUGCUCCUGUUGAAAUGGCAAAUCAGCCAUCGGUUAUUGCCGUUCCAAACCAAGCUACUGCACAGCAAACACCUGCUCUGGUUGAGCCACCUAUUUCAACCACUUGCUCCUCGUUUUUUACGAAAUCCGCCAAAACAGUGUUACUACAAACUGCGCUAGUAGAGGUCUUCGACAUAAACAGUCAACCACACCUGUGUCGUGUUCUGUUGGACAGUGGUUCUCAGGUGAAUUUCGUAACCGAAGAAAUGGCCAACCGCCUAGGCCUCCUUAAGACACCAGCCAACGUUCCUAUCGUGGGUAUCAAUGCUUUACGUACCCACGCCCGUGAUAAGGUGAAAGUACAGUUCCGUUCACGUGUGUCUGCUUACCACGCCGAGCUAGAAUGUCUAGUUACCCCGAGAUUCCAUACACCCGACAAAGUUGAUUUGCUAAUUGGUGGAGAACUAUUUUUCGACAUCCUCAAACCGAGUUCGAUUCAUCUUGCCAAUGGAUUACCACAGCUACGAGACACUCACUUCGGAUGGGUCGUAGCUGGUGUCAUCAUUGAUCCGCACGUAGUCAACGUGCCCCUCCAGUAUUCGCACACAACCGUCGAAGACAUCGAGCGAAAAAUGCAACAGUUCUGGCAAACAGAAGAAGUGCCUAACGUUCCAAAACUGUCAACAGCCGAAAUAGCAUGUGAGGCACAUUUUCUUUCCACUUACCAACGUAAUGAAACAGGAAGGUUUAUUGUCAAGCUACCAUUCAAGGAGAAUCUUUCCCAGCUGGGUAAUUGUCGUUCUCUGGCCUUGAAGCGAUUUCUCAUGCUGGAGAAACGAUUGAUUCGAAACCCUGAGCUGCAAACCCAGUACGUAAACUUCAUCCGGGAAUAUGAGUCUUCAGGUCAUUGUCGUGAGGUAGCCGAGUCGGAGGACGUACCAAACCAACAAGUGUAUUACCUCCCGCACCAUGCAGUACUGCGGCCGUCCAGCUCGAGCACGAAAUGCCGUGUCGUGUUCGACGCAAGCGCAAAAUCUUCACCAUUGGAAGUUUCCCUUAAUGAUAGUGGCCUUCACCGCAGACAUUUCAAAAAUGUACCGCCAGAUACUCGCAGCUCCAUCGAUCGUCCGUCGAUUUUUGAGAAUUUUCUGGAGAGAAAAGCCGUCGUUACCUUUGCGCGUGUUGGAAUUAUGCACUGUCACGUACGGCACUGCCUCGGCACAAGAUGUUUACUGCAACUUGCCGAAGAGGACGGUAGAGAAUUUCCUAUUGCUACGCGCAUAUUAAAGGAAGAGACGUACAUGGAUGAUGUACUCUCGGGUGCAGACUCAGUGGAACAGGCCCUUGAGGCGUAG